UUCUAGGUUAGUAACUUAGUUCAAGUUAGUAUACAGGUUAGUUUAUAACAGUAGUUAAAUAGGAGCUAAACAAACAUAAAACCAUUGCGAUGCAAAGUAAAUAGUUUGAAACAAUUAGUGAUGAAGACAAAGGAAGAGGAGUUGAACUAAAUCAGUCAACGCGCACUAAAAUGAAGUGAGUGGUUAGAUUGGUGUCACAACAUCAAGCCACUAUUACCAAUUCAUUCAUUACACUAUUCUUGAUUGAUGAAUCAUAAAGUUUAAAGUUAAGGGAAUGCUUCGACUAAUUCUCAGCUAGCAGUUCCAAAGUUACAAUGUCUAACAAUCAAACUAAAUACAGUAAAAUAGAUGAGUAUGGAUUUGAACGUCCGGAGAACUUCAACUAUCAGGCUUAUGAAGAGUUUAUGUCGGAAUAUUUCCGAGUAUUGGCCCGAAGAUCAAAACGCUGGGAAGACUACAAUGAUAUUCAUAAGCUGAAAAAGUCCAAAACCCUCAAACGUUUCAUACGUAAAGGUAUACCGAUUUCCAAGCGUCCCGUCGUGUGGAUGAGCACGUCGGGCGCACUCCUGCUCAAAGAAGCCAGCAGCGUCACGUACGCUGAGGUGCGCAGUUCCAUUCAAAUCAGUAUGAUCACUGAAAUGAUCGAAAUUGAUCUUCCACGCACGUUUCCCGACAAUAUUUACUUCACGAGCGAUUCGCAACUGCCGCGUCAAUUGUACAAUAUUCUUGCUUCCUUUGCCCAGCAGAAUACUGAAGUUGGUUACUGCCAGGGACUGAAUUACAUCGCUGGCUUGUUAUUGCUGGCGACGAAAAGCGAAGAGGUGACUUUUUGGUUGUUGAAGGCGUUGAUUGAGAAUAUCCUGCCAAAGUAUUACGUUAAGAAUAUGAGCGGGCUGCUGACUGAUAUGGCUGUGUUGGAUGAGCUGGUGCGUAUUAGAGAACCAGCUGUACAUCGGCAUAUUACUCGAAUAGGAAUGCCGUGGGCUGUGACCACCACCAAAUGGUUCAUUUGUAUUUAUGCUGAGGUGUUGCCGGUUGAGACGGUGUUGCGCAUCUGGGAUUGCUUGUUCAAUGAAGGGUCGAAGAUUAUUUUCCGUGUUGCGCUUACGCUUAUUCGAAUGCACAGGGAGGAAAUAUUAGAGACUACUGAGUUGGGCGAGAUUGUUGAUUGCUUCAAAAAGAUGACAAAGAGUUCCAAAGUUGUUAAUUGUCAUGAUUUUAUGCAAGCGAUAUUCAAGUUGCCAGGCAAGAUGACCAACGCUGAGAUAGCACAAUUACGUAGAAAGCAUAAAAAUGCUGGAGCAAAAUAAAGUGAUCAAAAGUAAAGUUUAAGAAAGAGUACAAGUGUGUACGGCCGGUAUGCAGCAGUACCAUUUUUGUUAGGUAUUUUCCAUAAGUGCACUCAUUUUAAAGUUGCAAGUGUAAUCUAGUCUCUCUUUUAUACAAUGUUUUUAAUAAUUAUUUAGGUAUCACAUUACUACGAUAUUUAUUACCAAUAAAUUUGCUUGUGUGUUCA